GCCCCCAUCUCUGCCAUUUCCCUCUUCUUUGCUGUCUAUUCCAUCCGAGCCUUCUCACUCUCAUCGUCUGAUGCAGAUUGUUCCAGUCCUUUGGCGCCACCGUCGAUUCCCUAACUCGGCUGCAUUCGACUGCUCCAUAUCUCUUUGAUACCGCUUGGUGUCUGGCUUUGGCUUCUUCAAACCCACUUUAAUUAUCAGCCCAGCUAAUGUUUUGCCGCAUUAAUUCAUACACAAGGUGCAUUCUUGAUUCUAUAUUUCCAAAGAGAAGAACAGACAAGUACAGCAUUCUUCAUAGGUCAUAUACAUAUUGGCUUUUUGCAAUACUUCCAGUAUUCAACUGACUAUGGAUACAGUUCACUGGUCCUAGUUACUUGUCAGCCAAGGAAGGGAAGGUAUGGAGAUUGACAUUUCUGGGGAAAGUAAUGGAAGCACUGCUGGAGUGAAGGAAAAUGGGUUACAUCUUUUUCCAGUAUCUUUAAAUGAUUCAGGUGAAGGUUUGCCCUAUGCUCCUGUAGAUUGGCCAAAUCAUGGCGAUACAUGGAGUUGGAAGGUGGGGAGGAGGAUAGCACAGUCUGGCUACUUUCUAGACAGAUACCUGUAUCUUCCUAUGCGGCUUCGUCAGCAAUCUGCAUCUAGAAGAAUUACUUUUGCAAGCAGACUUUCAGUUGAACAGUAUAUCAGGACUGCAUUCCCUGAUGCUGAUGUUGAUGCUUUUUUUGCGUUGUUCAGUUGGAAGAUUCCUGCAAAAAAUAAGUGUUUGGCUAAUGGGAACGAAGAGGAGAAUGCAGCGAUCACAUUUCCUUCCGAGGAGGUGGUGGAACAUUCAGGCUCUGAUUCCCAGUUUGCAGCUGUGGGUUGCAAGGCUGGUAACAAGAUGUGCAGCAGUUUAGAAGAAGCAACGGAUUCCCCCUUUGAGGCCAUGUAUUGCAAUCUCUGCUGCAAUGAACCUGGUUUCUGUCGAGAUUGUUCUUGCAUUCUCUGUCAUGAAAGUAUUAAUGCAGCCUAUGGAGAGUAUGGCGUCAUUAAAUGUGAGGCUAUAGUAGGUGGCAACCUUAUUUGUGGACAUAUUGCCCACAUAGUCUGUGCUCUCCGAUCACACAUGGCUGGAACAGUUGGAGGUAGAAUUGGUCUUGAUGCUGAGUACCAUUGCCGGCGUUGUGAUAUGAGGACAGAUCUGGUUUCAUGUGUUUCAAAGGUCUUCAAGACCUGUGAAUCUAUGCAGACUCAGGAUGACAUUGAGAGAAUGCUAAAUGUUUGGAGUUGUGCUUUGCGCGGCUCACAGAGAACAGCUGCAAAGAGUUUGUUGCAUCGUAUUGAAUUGGUGAUGACAAAGCUCAAGAGUGUGACUUUCCUGGAAGAUAUUUGGAAAACAGAAGACACUUCAGCAGUCAUUGCAGGAGAGCUGCCGAAUGAUGGAAAUGAUGGGUCGGUGACGACAGUUUGCCAGGAAUCUCUAGAUUUUGAAGCAUAUAUAUCUCAAGUUCAGUCUGGGAACUUCAAUGUCCAGAUUGAAUCUCCAAAACUUGAGGAUGAGAUUGAUCGGAUACUUCAGGCUCUAAAAAAGGCACAAGAGUCUGAGUAUCAGAUUGCAGAGGAAAGGCUUUAUGCUCAAAAGAACUAUUUUCUGAGUUUGUAUCGACAGCUUAGCAAGGAAAGGUCUGAACUUGCAACUUGCAAGAAUUCAGAUGAGCCAGGUGCCUUGAUUGACUCUAUCUUGCGCAAGUCGUAUCAGGUAAGACGGGAGAUAAAGAAACUGAAGGACAUGGCGGAAGUGGCCAAGGGAUUUGGAAAGACUCCCAAGGACAUUCUAAAGGAACAUUUUGGAUUAGAAAUGAAAUAGUGAGAUCAGCUUCAGGCGGAUAUGUUGUUGUCAAAUUUACAUUUCCUUCACAAUUUUGAUACCAUGCAGCAGGGUUCAAGCCACUCUUCCAUGCUUCAGGCCCAUUGUAUGAGCGAGCAGUGAGUCGAGUCAUAAGGUAUCUCUGUUUCCACUGCAACAAGUUCUGAUAAUCUUUCAACUCAAAGCGAUCAGCGAAGAUUUUGUUUUGUUUUUUGUUGUCAUCGUCGUCGUCGUCGUCAUUGAUGUUGUUCUUGUGGUUUGCUAUUCCAAAAAUGGAAACUCAUUUUUUUGGCCCCAUAUGGCUAUUUUAUUUUAUGCAAUAGGGGGGCCUCCGUCCGGUUUGGCAUGCUUUUUCGGGAAUACCAUCCGAAUAUGUUCAGUUGUACUGGUACACUUUGGUUUUUGCCCCGCAUUUGAAUGGCUUUUCUUUCAUCAUUUUGUGCUCCAGAUGAAGCUGAAAUGGCUUCACUUGGUGUUUGUUGUAAUGUGACAUUGACAUUUUUUGUGAGGUCCCACCCAACCUUCAAAAGGGAUUAGCUCCUAA